AUGGCCGUCAGGAGGUUGUUGACCAUGCCGGCCCGCGGAGGAGCGUUCUUCGGUUUCGCGAUAGUAGUGCUGGUGGCACUGGUAACAUGGGGAAUCAUUGCGCUCGUCGAGGUCGCCGAAGACAACAACAGCAGCUCCGACAGCGGUGACUUCGCCGACUCGAGGGACGUGGAUAGCGACCUCCAGGCGUUGCUGGACGAUGCAUCGCCAGGGGACACCAUCUACAUCCCGGCGGGCACGCAUGACGUCAGCUUGACUACGGUGGUGGAUGGGACGGAAGACGAGCCGAUCACGAUCAGGAAUGAGUUAGGGACGUCCGCAGAGGACUGCGUGCUGAGAGGGGAUGACCGCGCGAGGGUCCUGGAAGUCUUGCAUAACCACUACAUCAUCCAGGGCUUCACGAUCGACGGCGACGAUGGUUCGGGCGACUACAAGGAACAACUCCUCUACAUAGAAGGUUCGCGGGAUCCCAGUGAAGUCGACGGCGUCGAUUCGUCGAUUACCGGCGUCAACGUCCAGGGGAUGGUGUUGAAAAACGCGGGCAAGGAGUGCUUGAGGAUCAGGUACUUCGCCACGAACUGCGUUGUCCAGGUGAACGAGAUCGGCCCCUGCGGGAUACAGGACUUCCAACAGGACUCGGACGGUUCCAACGGAGAGGGCGUUUAUAUCGGGACGGCUUUGAAUCAGAUCGAUGAGAAGAACGGGGACGACGUCGUGGACGAGUGCACAGGCAUCGUGGUCAUGAACAACGAGAUCGACACGCAGGGUAGCGAGGGUGUUGACAUCAAGGAAGGGUCGUACGGUAACGUGGUCUACGGCAACACCAUCAGGGGGCAGAUGGACGAAGAAACCGGGGGGAUCAGUCUCCGCGGAGACGAAAACAUCGUCGUCGACAACCACGUCAUCGACGGCUCGGGGACUUGCAUCCGGGUCGGGGGCUUCGAGGAGGACGGCGUGCAGUACGGAGAAGACAACGAGGUGUACGAGAACACGCUGGACGGCUGCCUGAACUCCGCCGUGAAGGUUAACGAGAGCCCCCAGCUUAUCUGCGACAACACCGUCAUCCUCGCGGCCGACCCCACUGACGACGAACUGCGUGGUGGGGAGGGCAUCACCGACGGCAACGGCCAGAGCUACGCGGUGGUGCGAGGCGAUGCCGCGGAAGAGUUCACCGACACCGUGAGCGCGGCAUGCACCGGCGACAAGACGGUCUUCUUCCUCCCCGACCACUACACCGCGCCCGACGAUGAGGAGGUGGAGACCACGGAGGAUGAGGACACUACCGACGACGGAGAAGACGAGGCGGGUGUCGUGGCCAGUGACAGCUACGAGUACAUCGGGUGCUACAACGACGAUACCCAGAACUCUCUCCUCCCCGUGUUGGCUCUUGACGACGAUGACAACAUGAGCGUGGAGAAAUGCAUCGCGGCCUGCGUAUCUGAAGGCAGCCAGUACGCCGGGAUCAAGGAGGGGAACGAGUGCCGGUGCGGUGACGACGUGGACUACACGCUUCACGGUACGGGAACGUGCAACUUUUCGUGCACUGGGUCGGACGAGACGGUGUGUGGGGGAGAGUACGCCUUCGACUUGUACGAGAUCCACGGAGAUGGCGGUGUGGACGGAGUGGUGUCCAGCGAUACCGACGACCAGGGGGACGACACGGGCGGCGUCGGGAGCGACGAGGAGAACGAGAACGACACCAGCAGCAACCACGACACUACCGACGGUUACACCGAGAGCGUCGUGGUCGUCCAAGGCGAUGACGACGAGGAUGAGGAUCCCGAUAGCGUAGAUGACGACGACGACACGGUGUUGGUGACGGGGGGGACGCACAUGGGAUGCUACGAAGAUUACGACAGCGACCCCAUCCUCGACUUCCUUUACGAGGACGAGGACACUUUGACACCGGCGAGUUGCAUCGAGAGCUGCCGGGAAGAGGGCGAGGAGCUAGCGGGAGUGCAGGGCGGAUCCCAGUGCUGGUGCGGCACGACCGACGACUACACGCGGUACGGGACCGGUACCUGCAACUUCUCUUGCAGCGGCGACAGCGAGCAGACAUGCGGAGGCAGAGAGUCGGCCAACGUAUGGACCGUCGACUAAUGGCUUCACACGAGUGCGCCCUAGAUGCUUGAAGUCCCCAGCGGCCCGUUCGUUGUGUCGGUCUAGUGCUCCGACGGUCAUGGCCGGUUUUCACCGAUCCAAACCGGUUGCUCUCCGGCUUCAUGACCGUGGUAAUACCUACACACCCCGCUGGGUAGGGUUAGGUACAUCAUCAUUUUUUUUUUUCCCGGCACCCCGUGUGUCGGGUGCUUUUUGCGUUCGUUGUGCCCGCCCGAUAAGAGCGCACGCUGCACGCAGCUCCAGGAUUAUUAGGCUUACAUGGUCGUGAUAGAAAAGACGACCCGCACCGGUACCUGGACCAGUUUGGGGACUGAGUGAUUUCUCCUUACACGGGUUUCGGGUGCUUUUCAAAGGGGUCGAAGAUGGCGCGGGCGGAGGGGGGGGGGUUAAGGUGGCACACGUUUUUUAAGGGGUGGGUAUCCCCGGGACGCUUGGGGUGCCGGCGCAGUGAGGAUGAUGCCGGCAUGCCAAUGGUGCGGAUCGAUCACGGAUGAGAGAUUAGGCACGAACCUUGUGCGGGUACGGUGCGCGAAGCACGCAGUUUUUGUGUUUCUUGUGGCCCUGAACCGACCACCCUUUCUUGAUGUCGCUUUCGAUGAAGAACGUUUCUGGACAGGGAUAGAUUCGUUUGGUCUUUUGCUCACCCGUCGUUUCCGUUUUUAGAUCGUGGAAUUAGAGAGUUCCGGCAGCCCGUGCUGUUUGGGAAUUCUUGCCGACACGAACGUAGCGUGCAGUGGUCAUAGCUUGUGCUUCUCAGUGGAUCCGUUUUGUUCUUGGAAGGGCUUUGUUGUUGUCGCCGUCCUCGUCAGCAUCGCAUCGAGCUCUCAGAGCCUGCCGAUUUGUUGGUCAUUCCCGUCGUGGCGCGUCGUCAAACCUGUGGGCUUGUCGUCAGCCGUGACGACAUCUUGCGCGUGUUUUGGAGAGCGGUUGCAAUAUCUUGACAACAGCGUUGCAGGCUUCUCGACCUCUUGUAGAGUUUUUAAGCCUCGCCUCCGGAUUUCAGUUGAUGCAACAAUCGCUCACUCCCGCACCCACCGGCCUCCGAGAUUCAUUCGGACGAAAGUACCACGGGAGCCACCAGAAAGCACACAACUUUCGAUGUUUUGAUGAAUUUACGAUGCGGCCACGACGUGUAUCUGCUCAGGUUAGCUUGUCUUGCCGGAACAGUUUGCUUGGGGCCCUUUGUUUCAACCCCCCUCACAGAAGACGCCUUCUUGUUUCCGGCCCCCCUGGGGUAGCUAGCAGCAGUGAUGGGGAGAUGUUUGUGGGAGUUUUAUUUUAUGUUUUUUUCAUGGCGCAAGUGAAGGGUUAGGAAUUGCGUCUAGGAGAUGUUUGGGGGCCGUAGAAGUGCGGUUGCUGUUUGCUGCUGCUGCUGCUUGUUUGCUGCUGCUGCUGCUGCCAGUGCUGUGCUGCUGCGGUUGGCACGCACGGAAGGACUGCGGGGCGGGGUGUGUGGAUCAUUCGUCAUUUGCUGUGGAGGGAGGCCUCUGUUGCUGUCGAUGCAGAUACCGGUA